UGUGUUCUUCCUUGUUUUUACACCAACGUCUCAGAUCAUCCAGUCGUAGAAAUGAAAGUGGUUCUGGUGCUCGUCAGUGUGUUCUUCACUAAAGGACUAGCACUGCAAUGUUACCAAUGCACACAUGGGUUUCCUCAGACUUGUACUGAAAGUGAGGUAUGUCCACAUGACUGUAGCAACGUCGCUGCCACCUUUAGCCUGGGUGGCGUACAGGUGGAACACAGUGUGAGGACUUGCCUGCCGUCAGUCUUCUGUGUCACAGGGGGAAUAAACACAGGGUUUCUGAGAGCGACCAUCAACUCCAAAUGCUGCAAGACUGAUCUCUGCAAUGACAAAGCACUGCCAGUUUUACCAAAACAGGCUCCCAAUGGAAAGAAGUGUUGUGCCAAUAAUGACUGCUCAGAAACUGUGAAGUGUGAGGGAGAUGAGGAUCGCUGCAUUAAAGGAUCAGUUCCUUCAGGUAUUCCAUUAUUUAGUAAGGCAUCUUUGAAAGGAUGUGCAAGCAAGAGCAUCUGUGAUGGGCUCGUGCCCAUUACACAAGAACUCAACAUCACUGCGGAUAUUAAGUGCUGUGAGGGGAACCUGUGUAACACUGCUAUCAGUAUUAAUCUGGGUCUCCUCAUCAUGCUGGGGUCUCUGCUGACCUCCAUCCUCUUCCUCUGAACUUCCUCUGGACUAUUUCAAGCCCUUUUCAGGAAAUACUGAAACAAAUACAGCAGUUUUAGUAGAGAUUUUAAAUGUCUGCAUCUCCACUGCUGUCCAGUUUACUGAUUAACAUGUUUGCUGUACAUUCAGACUUUAUCUUCAGGUGCUUCUUAUCUGGGUCUUUAAGUCAGUCUAAUGUGUUGCAUAAAACAUCCUACUGCUGUAAGUGUAAUAAACCCAAUAAACUGUGUAAAGACUGA